AUGGCUACCAAGUGUUGCUUCAUCGCCUUCUGCAUCUUCUUGUCGAUCUGUGCAGCCGAAAAUGGGAAAUCGUUUAACUGUUCUACGGAGAAUGAUAGUUGGAUGUGUGCGAAUGAGUGCCACACGAAGUCCGAUACCGAAACUGUGCCGCCUCAAUGUGUUACACCAUUAGGAAUCGAUUGUUAUGGUGCUCCGAUCACAUACGAUUUUCAUUUUACAAGUCCUCCAUUGGAAAACUUCGAAAAUCCGUUGAUGAAACUCUUCCCAUCGUGCUACCGUCAACUUCUGCCCUUAAUCUGUGCAGCAAGCUAUGUUCCAUGCAAGAAUACGAAAGUACAAACGGAAUCUGGUGAGGCCGGUGCAACGUUCACCUAUCGAACGCCAAUCAAGAAGUGUACGUCAAUGAUGGAUGCCUGCAAAGAGCUUUUCGUUAUUCAACCAUCAUUGAAAAAGCUUUUGCCUUUCAGCUGCGAUGAGAAGAACGACACCUUUUCGGCUACUUGUCAGAUAACACCGCCAUUUCUUCCGACUUUUGAGUCAAAAACCUGUCCUUGGCCACUUGUGCAUAGGAAAAAGACUCCAUCUAAUCAGUUCUCAAACAAGGUUUUCGACGAGUGUUACUCGCCUUGCAGAUUGCCUUCUCUCCAGUUGCAGUGGUAUGAGCACUCAAAGUUCGCAUUUUCAUUAAUUUCUUUGGUGGUCCUGUUGCUUUUCUUGGUAUCUGCGUUUUUCAAGAGCGAUGUUCUGAAAAGGAGUAUUUCGGCUCGGUUUUUCGUGAUUGGUGGAGUUUUACCGGCUGUGAUUUACAUGGCGAUAUGGAUGUUCUCCUCAGCGGAGUUUUCAUUCAAUGAUGUCACAUGCUCCUUGGAAGGCACGAGACUCUUUCCAACAGCCAGCCCCCUAAAUUUUGGUGUUUGUUCCUGGCUGCAAAAGCUGAUGUCAACUUGUUCGAUCGUAUGUAACAUAACCCCACUUCUAUCGAUCUCGUUUUCGAUGGCAAACCGUUUGCAAACGAGAUUCGUUGUUUCGUUGAUUAGAAAUAUCGAAGUGGUUGAACAUUUUGUGUGGGUCGCCUUGUUGGCUUACGGUUCGUCACUGCCUUUUGUGUUGACGAACAGUCUUGGGGUCGAGCGUGACGAAUUUUCGGGUGUUUGCCUUGCCGGUAACUUAUCAACAAUAUCGAUGGGUACAAACUUUGGAGUGUCAAUCUUUUUCGUGCUACUCGUCUUGGGCCUAACAGUUAUUAGAACAUUGGCUAGUCGGGAUUCGUCUAACGAAAAUGUUGCUUUUGUUGAGCUCUUGGAAGCCGAUAAAGUUAAAGUCAAUGAAGCUGAACGAUUGAGUGGAGCUGACGCAUCUUCGAAAUCCAAACCAAGAAGACCUUCACGCGCAUUUCUGCACAAAAAUCUUCUCUACAGCAACUUGUCAAUUGUGGCAAUCCUCUUCUGUUAUGCUCUUUGGAUAGCCGCAAUUGGAUUACAUUCGAUAGUUGUUGCUGGUUGGCCUAGUCGAGAAAAAGAAACGAUUUUCUCCGACUUGAAAUGUUUGUUCAAUUUGAGUUCUGAUGCGCAAAACGAGGAAGCUUUUCGGCUCGAGGACCACAGACAGGACAAUAGCCAGCAUGAAUGUAGUUCGAGUGCUCUUGGAUACCGCCCAACUUACUCAUUUCUGGUCUUCGUUGUACUACCGAUUAUUCCGUUCCUUUUUGUGGCUAUUAUUGAUGCUUUGCCAUCAAUUUGGAAUUCAUCAUUUGGCAUGGGUAUGUGGGCACGAAGAAAGCUUCAAAUUAUGACGACUCUAACCGAAUCAAAUUCACAGCCAACCUCGAAAAAUAGAGACACAGUGGAGUCGUCAAGGAGUUGUAGCUCAAAUUCAACACAGCCAGUUCGAAGAGGAAAUCGGACAUCACGCCUCUAUCAAGUUCAACGUGAAGUCGCUACCAAACCUGUGAGUGCACCACCAACAGAUAGAACGCUGGAAGAAGUGCAAAGAUUGGCACAAAUCUUUUCAAUGGAAGUGCAAGGUCUUGCCCAGGAACGCGCCGAAUUACAUGAGCUUUCAAGGGUACAGGAUCAGACUUUGAUGAGUCUUGCACAACAACUUGAUCAUGCAAAUGCCGAACUUGCCGCACUCCGAGGAGAAGAGCCUCCAAUUCCAGUACUAAGAGGACAAAUGAUUGAGGCUGAGCCUCAAAUCAGACUGGCAACUCAUGAUGAACGAGCGCUAACGCGAUUUCAAGGAUUUGGUACAGCUCAACCUGUAGAAGCGCCGCUUUUAGAACCACGUCCAGCACCACAAGCUCAUUUUUUACCCGAGAUGCAACCAUCAACUUCGAAUCCAUUUGGUUCAUUCCAGAGUUUCAGACCAAUGCAGUUUUCUGGCCAGUCAACUAGCCAGCAACCACGAGAACUCAGUGAUGAAAGCGAUGGAAGUGUGCCCAGUCAUGAAGAGGUGCAAACGCUGGACGAGUUGCGCCAAAGAGCAAAUGGAAAUUUGGAAGAGCCAAGAGAAAGCAAUCAUGUGCAGGGGCCCAGUGGUAAUCGAUUCCAAUUUAACGCGCCAGUGCUUGCUCCACCGCCAUUCCCACAACUAAUCCCUCCACCACCACCGAAUCGACCUGAUCCUUAUGGGGUGUUAUAUCCGAUGUCUUCUGUGAUGACGGUGCCCGAGAUUCAACUUCGAGCUCAAGUUCUUCAGCAGGUCCUGCAGACGGAUCCAAAUAUUCCAGUCUAUCCUUAUCAGGUUGCCGUCGUUUUGGAAAGAGCCGGCGUUUUGAAUCGAGUUGAUGCGCAGCGGCCACUUCGACCGAAUCAUGUGAUCUACCGGCCUGACAGGAUUGAAGAGAUGCUUGGAACUACACCAAAAGUACCUCAAAAUCUUCGUAAUCCAGCUACUUUUCACGAGCACAUUGGUACAUUGGCUUUUCAACAAGGACUAACCUUGGCCGUCAUUUAUCGAGGUGCAGCCGGUCCACCACGAAACUUGCCGGACAUUAUUGAACGGAUUAAUAUCGCCGAGAUUGUGCCGGCUGAACUGCGAGAGUUGAUCCGACAAGGAAAUUUGAAUGCAAUCAACGAAGCUAGACAGAUCAUUGAGCAUUCAGAGCAUGCUAUUCGAUUGAACAUGGAGGAUCGAGUGCUUCAGGCCUUCCUUUACGUACGAGACUUCCUUGAUUCACGGGCAACAACUGGGGGACUUCUACUGGCAAAUCAGAAUCCAGUGGAAAACGAUAAUGCUCAACAAGCGCAUGACUCCGAUUCGGCUGCUGAAACUUCA